GAAACUAAUUUUUGUGCGUAUUUUAUCACUUUUAUCUAAAAUAAAAUUAAGAAAAUUACUAUUAUACUAUAUUAUAUAGAUUAAUUGAUUUAAAAUUUUCAUAACAAUAAAUUGUAAUAUUUGAAGAAGUAAAAAAUGUUUAUGGAAGUGAUAUAUUAUAGAUGUGUUUAUUUAACUUAUUAAUUCGUAUAUAUAUAUAUGAAUAUUUUUAUAUAAAAUUAGCGUGUCAAUUUUACAGGAUUUUUUGUCAAAUAUACAUUUUUAAGUGAAUAAUCAAAACUUGUCAAAAAUAUGAUUGCGUUGGUGGCGUUUUUUAAUUGGUUCUCCAAUAAAUGUCAUAUCUUUUUUGACAUGUUAUUUGAGGUUAAUUUUGAUAAGUAAAAAAAAUUAUUCUUCAUUAUAAGAAAUGCAGUCAUAAUAAAUUCAACAGGUUUUCAAACCAAAUCAAUAGUAGUUUUUAAAAAAAUUUCAAGUAACUGAAAAAAAACUAGUUUUACAUUUUUUGUUUAAAAAACAAAUAGCCGGUUUGCCAACAUGGCGUAUCUUUGGUGGCAUAUUUACGUAAUACUCUCAAUUACGCUUUUAGUUUUUGCAGUAGAUAAGAGUAAUUUUAAAACUUGUGAUCAAAGCAGUUUUUGUAGACGUUUGCGAGGUGUAAAACCAGGGGAAAGUAAAUACGAAUUAGAUUUGGAUCAAUUAGAAAUUACAGACGACUCGGUUGAAGCAAAAUUAUUAAACACCGAAGCUGGUGUGCUUUUCAAGUUUUCAUUAACAGCUAUUAAUGGAAACAUUUUUCGAGUCCAAGUCGACGAAGCUUCCCCUUUAUAUCCAAGGUUUAGGCCACAAUUUGCUUUAAAUGGAGAACUACAAGUAGCCAAAUUGAAACUUAUCGAACGAAAUAAAGAUUUUGUAUCUGUGGGAUAUAAUAGAAAUAAAGUUAAAAUACAUGCUAGACCUUUUAAAAUUGAUUUUUUCGAAAAUGACGAUCUUAUCAGUGUUAUCAACGGAAGAGGUUUAUUCUCAUUCGAACAUUACAGAAAGAAACAAGAACAGGCUGAAGAUGGUGGAGAAAUAGUUGAAGAUCCUGGAUCGUGGGAGGAAAAUUUCAAAAGUCAUCAUGAUAGUAAACCGAAAGGACCUUCAGCCGUCGGUGUAGAUGUCAGUUUUCCGGGAGCUUUAAGAGUUUACGGUCUACCAGAACACGCCGAUCGCUUACCUUUAAAAACAACCCGUCCCGGUGGAACCGAUCCGUACCGAUUAUAUAAUUUAGACGUAUUUGAGUACGAAUUGGAUUCCACUAUGGCUCUAUACGGGGCGAUUCCCGUAGUUUACGCCCAUUCCACUAAAAGAACCUUGGGAAUCUUCUGGCAUAACGCUGCGGAAACUUGGGUAGAUGUGAAUAACAGUAAAGACGGCUUAGUCGCUUCAAUAGUAAACUUAGUUUCAGGUUCUUCGAAUGAUAAUAAUGUUGAUGUACAUUUUAUGAGUGAAAGCGGUAUUGUUGAUUUAUUUGUCCUAAUGGGACCGACACCUAAAGAUGCAGUAAAGCAGUACGCCUCUUUGACUGGGGUUCAUCCGUUACCUCAGUAUUAUACUUUAGCUUCCCAUCAGAGCCGAUGGAAUUAUAAUGAUGAAGAUGAUGUCACUACGGUGGUUCAAAAUUUCGAUGCCAACGAUAUGCCAAUAGACACAAUGUGGUUAGACAUCGAAUACACCAAUUCGAAAAAAUAUUUCACAUGGGACCCCAUCAAAUUCCCCCAUCCCGAAACCAUGAUCAAUAAUCUAACAGCAACCGGUAGAAAAUUGAUAGUCAUCAUAGAUCCCCAUAUAAAAAGAGAAUCAGGGUAUUUCGUACACGAAGAAUCAAUAUCGAACGGUUAUUAUGUGAAUAAUAAAGACGGUGCGGUAUACGAGGGUUGGUGUUGGCCUGGAUCUAGUAGCUAUUUAGAUUUUUAUAAACCGGAAACAGUUGAAUACUACAAAAAUUUAUAUUCCUUGGAAAAUUUCAAAGGUACCACCCACGACGUCAAUAUAUGGAACGAUAUGAACGAACCUUCAGUUUUUAACGGUCCAGAAAUAACCAUGCCCAAAGAUUGCAUCCACCACGGUGGUUGGGAACACAGGGAUGUACAUAACGAAUACGCUUUAUCACACACAGUAGCUACGUUCUUAGGACUUAUCCAACGUAGUCCUAACCGUCGUCCUUUUAUCCUUACCAGGGGUCAUUUCGCAGGUUCUCAACGUUAUACCGCCAUGUGGACAGGGGAUAACACUGCAGAUUGGUCUCAUUUAGCUAUCAGUUAUCCGAUGUGUCUUUCGGAGGCUUUGGGGGGUAUCAGUUUCUGCGGGGCUGAUAUAGGGGGUUUCUUUAAUAAUCCCGAUGCAGAAUUAUUGCAGAGGUGGUAUCAGGGUGCUGUUUGGUUACCUUUUUAUAGGGCGCACGCUCAUAUCGAUACUAGGAGAAGGGAACCGUUUUUAUAUUCGGAUGACGUCAAAAAUAGGAUCAGGAAUGCUUUGAGACUAAGAUACGCCCAUUUACCUUUAUGGUACACGGUUUUUUGGCAACACGAAACCACCGGCGAACCGGUGAUUAGACCAUUGUUCUACCAUUACCCAGAAGAUGAAAACGUCCUAGACAUCGACGACGAACUCCUAGUAGGAGAUUCUGUACUAGCCAAAGCUAUAACCGAAGCCGGUGUCUCCAACGUGAACGUUUAUCUCCCAGGAGGCGAUUCGGAAUUGUGGUACGACAUAGAAGACUACAAAUUAUACCGCGGUACUGGUAAUCACAAUAUACCGGUGUCGUUGGAUAAAAAUUUGGCUUUCUACCGCGGAGGUAGGAUAAUAUCGAGGAAGGACAGACCGAGGAGAUCGUCCAAAGUGAUACACAACGAUCCUUAUACUUUAUACGUGGCUUCGGAUUCGAACGGAAAAGCCGGUGGAUACCUUUACGUGGACGAUAAGGAAAGUUACGGUUAUAAGAAAAAUGAAUAUUUGUACGUGUAUUUUUCGUUUGAUGGGAAAGUGUUGAGCGGAGUUAGUGUCGAUAAAAGCGAUUAUCCUACGACUGAAUGGAUCGAGAAGGUUGUUAUCCUCGGUCCUCCCGAGGGGAUACGAGGAGCUAGACUUGAGAGUGGAAGUUUGGGGGUAGCGGAAUUGGAUGUUUCGUAUAGUAAGGAUGAGAGGGCGUUGGUGGUUAGGAAACCGGGGGUUAGCGUCAGGGAACGGUUUACUAUUACUUUGUAUUGAUUUUUAUAUUUUUUUUAGGGGGGGAAGCGGGGAUUUUUCUUUCUUUUUUCGUUUAAAUAGUGUAGUAGGUUUAUCAGUUUUUUCUUUAUAGUACCAAAAUUUGUGAUGUCUAAUAAAGUAUUAAAUAAGAAA